AUGGCUUUACGGGACCAGUAUGAGUUGAUCCGUGAAACUACAAUUAACUGUGCCGAGCGAGGACUGUUGCUGCUGCGCGUCAGGGAUGAACUCCAAAUGACGAUCGCUACUUAUCAGACGUUGUACGAGAGCAGCGUUGCCUUUGGCAUGCGGAAAGCACUACAAGAUGAGCAGGGCAAAUCUGACAUGGAAAAAAGAAUUGCAGAGCUAGAAGAGGAAAAGCGGGAGCUGGAAAGACAACUGAGUGAACAGAAAGCGAAAUGUGAAGCUAUUGAAAAACGGGAAAGUGAAAAGCGUCAGAUAGAAGAGAAGAAACACACCGAGGAGGUUCAGUUCCUGAAACGAACAAAUCAACAGCUGAAGGCCCAACUUGAAAGCAUCAUUGGACCAAAUAAGUAG